CACUAACGAGGGCAAAUAAUUACCGGACCAAGGAUCAAGGACCUAGGCUCAGCAAUUGUAGAGACACACUGUUAAUUCCACCAGUCGCAAGAGCCCUACAGUAGCAGUCAAGCAGUUCUUUCCAUACCUUCUCUUUGGCCAUAGCAAAAAAAAACCAGUUUACACAAUGGGUCUUCUUUCCUUAGGAACGCCGAUGGAUUGGCAUGAGUCCAAGAAGUGGAACGAACAUGUGAGAGAGAACGGGAUUGAACAAUUGUUGAAUAUCUUCCGGCAGCACGCCAAAAGAGAUGGAGACAAGUUCUUAUGGGGUGAUGAAGUCGAGUAUAUGUUGGUUGAUGUCAAUCGCAAGGAAGCACAAGCAAGACUCUCGAUUGACCAUGACCACAUCUUGGAGGACUUGAACGAUGAAGAGGGACAUCCUGAGCAAUUUGCGCGUGCUGAGGCGGCAAAUGUGUCGUUCCAUCCGGAAUAUGGUCGGUUUAUGCUUGAAGCUACACCAUUGAGACCAUACGACGGGACUAACUUGUGUGACUAUUUGUACGUUGAGGAGAACAUGGUUGAUAGAAGAGUGGUUGCCAAGGAACUGCUCCCAGCCAACAUUGUUCCCUUGACCUUGACAGCAUUCCCAAGAAUGGGGUGUGCUACAUUCACCCUGCCCCCAGCAAAGGCCAUUGGCCCAGCCUCACAAUCUUUAUUUCUUCCCGAUGAGAUCAUCAACCGUCAUGUACGGUUCCCCACAUUGACAGCCAAUAUUAGAAAGAGAAGAGGGGCCAAAGUGAGCAUCAACUUGCCCAUGUUUCCUGACGUCAACACGAAGUUGAUCGACGAUCUGAUCCCACUCAACAGAGACUUGUUCCUGCUGGAUCUGGAGCCAUGGCUUGGCGCCCUGAAGCCAGGCCACGUCUACAUGGACCUGAUGGGAUUUGGAAUGGGUCUGUCAUGUCUCCAAGUGACCAUGCAGGGGAGCGACAUCAAUGAGUCAAGAUAUCUUUACGAUACAUUGGCUCCACUUACACCCGUGUUAUUGGCAGCCAGUGCCGCUUCACCCAUUUUCAAAGGAUAUCUUGUUAACCAAGACGUUCGUUGGAACGUUAUUUCUGGAGCUGUCGAUGACCGGACUUUUAUUGAACGUAAUGUUGAACCAUACCGUGGGUAUGACGUAUUUGGAGGGUUAGAUGUACUGAAACUGGAUAAGGAACACGUGGAGAAGCUUGGCGGUGGUGUUGGUGUUAAUGGAGACCGUGUAGUCAACUCCUCAGGUGACACACUUCUACAAACAUUGGAUGGGAAGCCAAUCCAAAAGGUCCCCAAAUCAAGAUAUGAUUCCAUUGAUAGCUACUUGGGAGAUCUUCAACAUGAUACCAAGUACUUUGACCCACAAUAUAACGAUAUCUACUCACCAAUAAACUCCAAGGUUUUAAGUCAACUUUCACAAGAGAAAGGGUUGAUUGACGAACAACUUUCAAAGCAUUUCGCUCAUCUUUUCAUUAGAGACCCAUUGGUUCUUUUCCUGGAAAGAAUUGACCAGGACAAUAAGUUGGAGAAUGAUCAUUUUGAAAAUAUCCAAUCGACUAACUGGCAAACUCUUCGGUUCAAGCCACCAGCUCUUUACCCAGCGACAAGAGAUCUUCUGACCACUCCAGGUUGGAGAGUUGAGUUUAGACCUUUGGAAAUCCAACUCACUGAUUUUGAGAAUGCCGCUUACUCGGUGUUCAUUUCACUUCUUUCCAAGGCCAUCAUCAAGUUCAAACCAAACUUGUACGUGCCGAUUCUGAAGAUUGACGAGAACAUGAAGACCGCCCACAACGUGGAUGCGGUGACCAAGGAUAAGUUUUGGUUCCGUAGCCAGGAUUCUUGGGGGCUUAACCACGACGAGUUCAUUGGAUAUGAUCUUCUGUGGUUUGAUCGGUUUAUCAACAGAGGUAAUGACGAGUUGGGCGUUGACGAAGUUUACUUGAACGGAUACAAGGACAAGGAGACGAUUGAAGAAGAAACCGCAAACUGUGAUGAUGGAGACAACGAUAGCGAUAUCACAGCCACCUCAUCCAAUGGAACCUCGGCCAACAAUGCCUCAUUACCAUUUUCGAAGCUUCUGGCCAAUGAAAUCAUAAACGGUUCCGCUUGCCAUCCAGGGCUCAUUAGAUUAAUUGUCAAGUUGAUUGCCACUGAACUUCUUCCGGAGACUGCACAACAUCAUUGUGACACGUCGAAGUUGGCUCAACAAAUGACUAAGCUUCAAAAUUAUUUGAAAUUGGUUAGUUACAGAGCCAGUGGUAAGAUCCCAACGAUUGCCCAUUGGAUGAGAACAGUGGUGACCCAGAGCCCAGAAUACGCCCGUGACUCGAAGGUCACGGAACGUUUGAACUACGACCUUAUAGAGAAGACCAUUCACGUCUCCGACUACGACUUUACCGCUGCCGGCGGGUUAUUGACGGAGUAUUUCGGGGCCGACAUUGCCCUGUACUUGAAGGAGACUGGAUACGGCCAAUAGUUUUGGUAUUUAUUUAGAACAAGAUCAAGGCAUACAUAUAUAAUCUGAUUAGAAGUGUAGUAUUUAAACGGGCCCUUUUCCCUUGUAGGAGGGGCUGGGAUUUCGCCCAAUGUGAGCGUGCUGCAUGUACUUUAUAGGACUAUAAGACGCUCCCGUUGGCCCCUACCCAGUGAGGGCCAAUACGUGGAGGCACGAAUAAGGCCUAUAUAGGCAUGUAAUUUUUCAAGAACAUUCCUAUGGGUCUGCGGAUCCCUCCACUGGCUCACCCCAGGAGGGAACCAUUGUGUGAUACUCAACACCUCAUAGAGGAUUAUUUACUCAUGUAAAGGUGGUUCUAAGCUCUAGCUCUCCUCGUAGAGGAGCUGGGGGCCCCCACGGCUAGUGGUCCACGGAAUGCCAGCGGACCGGCUUGACAACCCCGUAGGGAAGGGAGUAGAUCCUCCCCACAGAUCAUUUGGUCGCUCCGUUGACCCACAAGAUUUUGAGAGUUAGCUGGAUCACUAUACAUUCUGAUGUAUCU